AUGUUGACGGCUGAAGUAAGAAGUUCAAUUGUUGCAAAAAUUAAACAUGCAAAGUAUUUCACUGUCAUACUUGAUUGCACUCCAGAUGCAAGUCACGAGGAGCAGAUGUCCCUUGUAAUUAGAUGUGUGGAUGAUUCAGAAAAUGCAAUAGCGGUUGAAGAAUUUUGGAUUGGAUUUUUUAAAGUUAAUGAAACUUCAGGACUUGGGCUUUUUACAGAGCUUAAAAAUAUUUUGAACAAUCUCGAACUUGACAUUGAUAAUAUAAGAGGUCAAGGAUAUGACAAUGGAUCUAAUAUGAAAGGAAAACAUAAGGAUGUACAGAGUAGAUUACUUGAAAUUAAUCCUAGAGCUUUCUGCACUCCAUGUGGAUGUCACAGUCUUAAUCUCACAUUAUGUGAUAUGGUGAAAUGUUGUCCUAAAGCAAUGUCCUUUUUCGGUGUAAUACAACGCAUAUAUUCAUUAUUUUCUUCUUCUACCAAGCGGUGGCAAAUCUUCAAAGAUCAUGUACAAGGUCUUACAGUAAAGUCACUAUCACAAACACGAUGGGAAAGCCAUGUUGACAGCGUGAAGCCCAUAAAAGAUCAAACUUCGAAAAUACGAGAUGCUUUAAUUGAUUUGGCAAACAUUUCUGAUGACUCAAAAAUAAAAAGUGAAGCUGAGGGUUUGGCAUCAUUUGAACUUGAGAAUUUUGAGUUCGUGUUUGGAAUGGUAAUUUGGUAUAAGUUGUUAUAUGAGAUUAACAUUGUUAGUAAGUUUCUCCAAGCAGAAAAUAUGGAUAUUGAUAUUGCUAUUAGACAAUUAAAAGGACUUAUUUCUUCUCUCCAAGAGUUUAGAGAAUCUGGAUUUGAUCAAGCAUUAAUUGAAGCUCAACAUAUUGCAAGUGAAAUGGGAAUCGAACAUAUUUUUCGAGAAAAACGCAUCAUCCGAAGAAAGAGACAAUUUGAUGAGAUCAAUAGUGAAGAGGUAACCCAGUCUCCUAAAGAAUCUUUUCCAGUUAAUUACUUUCUAUUUAUAAUUGAUCAAGCUCUUUCUUCACUUCAAACUCGGUUUGAACAAUUUCAAAAAUAUGAAGAAACAUUUGGAUUUUUAUUUAGUUUGGAGAGAUUGAACUAUAUUGAUGAUGAUAGUCUCUUACACUCAUGUGUCAAUCUUCAAGAGUCUUUAACACAUGAUGGACACUUUGAUGUUGAUGGAUCAGAUUUAUAUUUAGAACUAAAGUUGUUAAGACACUCAUUACCAAGAGAAUCAAAAAGAGCGAUUGAUGUGCUGAAUUAUUUGAAGAAAAUGGAUAGUUGUUAUCCAAAUGUUUAUAUUGCUUAUCGAAUUUUGCUGACUAUACCAGUUACAGUUGCAUCUGCUGAAAGGAGUUUUUCCAAGUUGAAAUUGAUCAAAACUUAUCUCCGAUCAACUAUGUCGCAAGAAAGACUAAAUGGCUUGGCUAUGUUAUCUAUCGAGAAAAAAGUGGUUGAGAAAGUUGAUUAUGCUAACUUAAUCAAUACUUUUGCUUCUAAAACUGCGAGGCGAGCAAUAUUCAAGUGA